GAGUUCAAGUUUUGAGAAAAGGAGGCAUAUUUCCUUGAAGAGGAGGUACAUUUUUUGCCCUAUUCGUUAGAAGGCUCUCCUCUUCGGAUUGAAUCAGGUGAUAUCAGAAACUGUCAGUUUCUUUUGAUAUCUGUUUAAAGUUUUGCUCUGCACUAGUCAGGGCCCUGGAGGCAUAUGCUACUGGUUGACCAUUCUGGAGCAAACAGGCUCCAAGUCCACUCUUUGAGGCGUCAACCUGCAAGGUGGUAGAUGUUGAGUCUAGUCGUAGGGCUGGUGAUACUUGGUGCAACUCCAGUGAUCUCUGUCCAAUGUCCAGGUGGAGAGGUGGAGUGUCCUGAUGACUAUACCUGUUGUCUAAUGCCCAAUAGAAUGUAUGGCUGUUGCCCUAUCCCCAAUGCUGUCUGUUGUUCAGAUCUAAGGCACUGCUGCCCUUAUGGUUACAAAUGUGAUACAUCAGGAGGGGCCUGCAUAAGAGGAAAGCAUGUGCUACAGCUGCUCAAGAAAAUCCCAUCUCUUUCAGUUAAGGUUGCCAGCCCCAUCAAAAAUCAGAAGGAUGUUUUGUGCCCAGAUGAAUCUGUUUGUCCAGAUGGUAACACCUGCUGUUUAACUGAAUUUGGACUGUAUGGCUGCUGUCCUACACCAAAAGCAGUGUGUUGCCUUGAUCGCCUACACUGCUGUCCCAGUGGAUACAAGUGUGACCUUGCCAGGCAUGAAUGUGUGCAGGAAAAUGUGCAAACGAAUUCACAGGUCAAACCUCUUAUCCAUUUAAGGAAACAAAACAAGAAUAUAUUAGGUACUACUGUCUGUCCAGACAAGGCGUCAAAGUGUCCCGAUGGUAAUACUUGCUGCAAACUAUCCUCUGAUCAAUACGGCUGCUGUCCUCUUCCCAACGCUAUGUGCUGUGAUGAUGGCGUUCACUGCUGCCCUAAUGGAUACACGUGCGACACCUCGAGUGGCAGAUGCAGCAAAGGAGACUCCGUGCUUCCACUUUUCAAGAAAACACCAGCCAAGCAGCUGAAGAAUGUUGUUUGUCCAGACGGGGCGUCAGAGUGUCCCGAUGGUAAUACUUGCUGCAAACUAUCCUCUGGUCAAUACGGCUGCUGUCCUCUUCCCAAUGCUGUGUGCUGUGAUGAUGGCGUUCACUGCUGCCCUAAUGGAUACACGUGCGACACUGCGAGUGGCACAUGCAACAAAGGAGACUCUGUGCUUCCACUUUUCAAGAAAACACCAGCCAAGCAGCUAAAGAAUGUUGUCUGUCCAGACGGGACGUCACAGUGUCCCGAUGGUAAUACUUGCUGCAAACUAUCCUUUGGUCAAUACGGCUGCUGUCCUCUUCCCAACGCUGUGUGCUGUGAUGAUGGCGUUCACUGCUGCCCUGAUGGAUACACGUGCAACUCCUCGAGUGGCACAUGCAGCGAAGGAGACUCCGUGCUUCCACUUUUCAAGAAAACACCAGCCAAGCAGCUGAAGAAUGUUGUUUGUCCAGACGGGGCGUCACACUGUCCCGAUGGUAAUACUUGCUGCAAACUAUCCUCUGGUCAAUACGGCUGCUGUCCUCUUCCCAACGCUGUGUGCUGUGAUGAUGGCGUUCACUGCUGCCCUAAUGGAUACACGUGCAACUCCUCGGGAGGCACAUGCAACAAAGGAGACUCUGUGCUUCCACUUUUCAAGAAAACACCAGCCAAGCAGCUGAAGCAUGUUGUUUGUCCAGACGGGACGUCACAGUGUCCCGAUGGUAAUACUUGCUGCAAACUAUCCUCUGGUCAAUACGGCUGCUGUCCUCUUCCCAACGCUGUGUGCUGUGAUGAUGGCGUUCACUGCUGCCCUAAUGGAUACACGUGCAACUCCUCGAGUGGCACAUGCAGCGAAGGAGACUCCGUGCUUCCACUUUUCAAGAAAACACCAGCCAAGCAGCUGAAGAAUGUUGUUUGUCCAGACGAGACGUCACAGUGUCCCGAUGGUAAUACUUGCUGCAAACUAUCCUCUGGUCAAUACGGCUGCUGUCCUCUUCCCAAUGCUGUGUGCUGUGAUGAUGGCGUUCACUGCUGCCCUAAUGGAUACACGUGCGACACCUCGAGUGGCAGAUGCAACAAAGGAGACUCUGUGCUUCCACUUUUCAAGAAAACACCAGCCAAGCAGCUGAAGAAUGUUGUGUGUCCAGGUGGGGAAGCAGAAUGUCCCGAUGGUAAUACUUGCUGCAAACUAUCCUUUGGUCAAUACGGCUGCUGUCCUCUUCCCAAUGCUGUGUGCUGUGAUGAUGGCGUUCACUGCUGCCCUAAUGGAUACACGUGCGACACCUCGAGUGGCAGUUGCAACAAAGGAGACUCUGUGCUUCCACUUUUCAAGAAAACACUAGCCAAGCAGCUGAAGAAUGUUGUGUGUCCAGGUGGGGAAGCAGAAUGUCCCGAUGGUAAUACUUGCUGCAAACUAUCCUCUGGUCAAUACGGCUGCUGUCCUCUUCCCAAUGCUGUGUGCUGUGAUGAUGGCUCUGUGCUUCCUCUCGUCAAGAAAACACCAGCUCAGAAGUUCAAGCAUGUUAUCUGCGAGGGUAGUCACCUUGCAUGCCCAGAUGGUACCACUUGUUGUAAGAAGAGGUCAGGGGGUUACGCUUGCUGUCCAAUCCCCAAGGCCGUUUGUUGCUCGGAUGAAGUCCACUGCUGCCCUAAUGGGUAUUCUUGUGACCUUUCCAGUAAAAAAUGUGUCAAGGGUGCUUCUCGCGUGCCGAUUUUACAGAACUCUCUUGCCCUUUGCAUUGAUAUACAGACGACAUCAGAAUUAUCCACACUUCACAGUGUUAGUUUGAUAUCGGCUGCGAAUAACCGACCAGGGGCUUCAGGAGCGAAUUACAUCACUUGCAACGACGGUUCUCACUGCUACGAUUAUGAAACUUGCUGCGAACUUUCUACCGGCUCCUACGGCUGCUGUCCCCUACCUAACGCUGUCUGCUGUAGCGAUGGCAAGCACUGCUGCCCGUGUGGUUAUCACUGCGACAUAAGCUCGUCGACGUGCGACAUGGCCAAGGACUCUACACCUAUGGUCUCAUACCACGCAACUGUUCAGCGUGCUGGCGUUGGCGAAAUCAAAUGCAAAGACGGUUCGCACUGUAACACCGGUGAAACGUGCUGCCUUGUGGGGCCAACCAAAUACGGCUGUUGUCCCCUUCCCUCAGCUGUUUGCUGUGCUGACAUGCAGCACUGCUGUCCUUCGGGCUACACUUGCAACGACAAGAGCGAACAUUGUCAGCGAGGACGCCAUGUUUUACCGAUGUUCCAAAAGCACCCCUCGGUGCAUCCACGACCUGCUGUUGCAAAGACGCCUGUGAUUAUCGAUCAUACGAUUCGUUUCGUGCCGAGAGGUGGCCGAGGUGCUGGAUGCACCUGCGAGCCGUACCACACAUGCUGUGGCUCCUCGUCCGCUCAGCAGCACUGCUGUCCUCUUCCGAAUGCUUCGUGCUGCAGCGAUGGUCUGCAUUGUUGUCCACAAGGGUUCAUUUGCGAUGACCAAAAGGGCUGUGUCAAACAACCAUAGACUCAUACAGUCACAGUCAGAAUCGUGACAAGCGUUCCUUGAUCUUUCCAUUGUAUGUAAAAAAAUACCCUUUUGUGUCACAGACGAACCUCCGAGCUACGAUGGUAGAUAGCUAUUCAAUACUAAUUUGUCUAGAAUAUUAUUUUUAUUUUUUGGUACCAAACGAUCUUUUUGUAACUAUACGAUUCGGAAUAAAAAAAAUACAUCAUCAA